UUUUUUUUUUUUGUUUUUUAAUUAUUAUUCAAAUAUACCUUGUCUAUACCCUCUUUUUCACCAUCUAAUUGAAAACAAGGAAAUAUUAACCGUCAUACACAACAACAUUCAUGUUAGAAUCCAUUCCUGGUCAAGUAUUCGUAGUUGGUGUGAUCUUGUUGAUCUCCACUAUUGCUUACUCAUCACAAUAUUUCAUCUUUAUACCUGCCCUUCAAGAAUCGACAUUUUCCACCUUUCAAGUAUUGGCUCCAUUUAAUCUGUUUGUCCUCAUGAUAUUUUAUAACUAUUAUCUUGCUGUCACUACUGAUCCUGGUAGAGUACCACCACACUGGGAACCUCCAUCUUUCAUUCUCAAUAUCAAUAAAGAGCAUAACAAAUCAAAUCAACUGAAUCCACCAAGAUUUUGUAAAUCAUGUCAAAUCUAUAAACCACCAAGAACUCACCACUGUCGUUAUUGUCGUCGUUGUGUAUUGAAAAUGGAUCAUCAUUGUCCCUGGAUUUUCAACUGUGUUGGUGUCUUCAACUAUCCUCAUUUCCUACGAUUUGUAUUUUAUGUUGAUAUUGCCUGUACUUAUGUAAUUGUGCUAUUGAUCUGGAGAACAAGAUGCAUUAUGGAUGCCAUUCGACAUUUUAGAUUUGAUGCUGAACCUACUACUACCGAAGUGAUCUUUCUAGUACUGAACUUUGUCCUGGCUAGCGUUGUUUUGUUUUGUGUGGGAAUACUUAGCGGAUAUCAUUUGUAUUGUGUUAUUCGAAAUCAAUCCACCAUUGAAGCUUGGGAACGUAGUAAAGUGGAAACUCUUAUUCGUCGUGGAAAAAUACCUCCAUUUGAAUAUCCUUUUAGUCUUGGUGGUUACCGGAAUAUUUGUGCAGUUCUAGGAAACAAUCCAUUACUUUGGUUAUGGCCUUCUCGACAAGUGGCAACAGGUGAUGGUAUUUCAUUCCCAUUAGCAUCACAUAUUGACCCUCGGACAGCUUAUUUAUGGCCCCCAAGAGACCCUGAUGAUCUUCGACCAUCGAUCUUCUCCUCCAAGUACAAACGACAACAAGAACGAAAACAACAAUGGAAACAACGACAACUAGAGCAACAAGAAAAAGGAAUGGAAUCAUUAGCUUUGAUGGAUGAUGAAGUAGACGAUUCUGAAGAUUAUUACGAUUCUGGUAGUUUCAUCACCGAUAGCGAAGAUGACUACUCACUCACAGACGAGGAACAGAAUAUGCAACGACUGGUAUCAAAUAGCGUCUACAACUUGGCCGGUAUUCCAGAUGAACAUGAAUCUUUUCGACGGAGAUGGGAUGAUGAUAGAUAUCAUCCACAACAUACUACAGCAGUUCAGGAACCUACAAUACAAUAUCGAUCCUCACCAUCAUCACAUCCCCCACAGGAACAUCCAGUCGACACUGAAUCUGAUGAAGAUGAUACUAUCCCUUUGUCAUCCUUCCUUACGCGGUCCUCACCAUCAUCGUCCAAAGAUACAAAAGAAGACUAGCAGGAUAUCUAGAAAUAGUUAUAUAGUUUUUGUUAUAUUAUAUAUUUUGAUUAGUGAACCAUUUUAAAUAAAAGUACUUGAUCUUA